UUUUAAAAUAAAAUGGAAGAAACUCAGACUCUUUCUCAAAGAAUUACCGAAGUUAGAAGCCAAGAGAAGCUCAUUCAUUCAAUCAGCAAGGAAUUAGACUCCAUCAGAUGGACUGAUUUUUACUUUGUUGUUUACUCUACAGAACCAAACCAGCCAACUUUUCAUUCUCUGUAUGGGGGCGACUCUGAGGGAGAAGAAUUCAAUAUUUGCUGUGAUAAAUAUAGAGAUGGCAAGGUUGCACAAAAAUGUAGAUCUCUCAAAUUAUUUGAUAUCGGAGAUUUUAAUAUGAAAAAUAUUGAAAAGUCGAUUAAGCAUUUUCAUACUUUUCUGAACUCUUCAUUCCCAGAUAGUGUUCACAAUCUCAAUGUUUAUUGCAUGCACGUCAUAAAGCUGAUUAAGUUCGAUAUUUUUAAAUCUGUCAUAAAAUGAAGCUCAAAAAUUUGAACUAGUGCUUGCUUUGAUCAAUUUUCAUUUGGUAAAUCCCAAUUCAAAAGACUGAUUGCAGCAUUCAGACAUGUGCACAAAUUGACUUUCCGGAGGUGCAAUCUCUCUAUUCCGAAUCCUCUAGAUUUAUCUACAGCCCUUAGAAACACUAAAAUGGAGAAGCUAAGUUUUUAUCUGUCAGGGUCACUUAACUGAAGUAAUUGGGAAGCUAAUCCCAAUGAUUUCAAACACUUAGUACACGGUCUCGGUACUUCUGAAGACCUGGCCCAAACUCUCAGAGUAAUUGACUUCAGAAACUGUGGACUUGAGAGAGGAUACGUCAAAGAAUUGCUAACUCAGAGCGGCCUAGGCUCAAAAACUUUCCUUGUUUAAAUAAAAUAUUCUUCUUCAACCUUAA